GUAAAAGCCUCACAUAACACACCCUCAGCUGUUAACACCUGUUAGGCUAGGUGCAUGGUUAGUUAACCUUUAUAUCCAGUGAACAUUUGUUCUUAAACAGCCAUGCUUUGUGCAGGAGACGACGACGACCCGUUCCCAGCUGAUGACUGUUUGUUUGCGGACACUUUCUCUCAAGAGACCGUGUUCACUUUAUCCGGACAGCAGCUGAGGAUCACACAGGUGUUCGGUGCUAACCUCGGCGUGGCUGCUCCGGUCUGGGAAGCUGCGUUACACCUGUGUGGUUACCUGGAGGAGCAGUCGGUGGAGCUCAGGGGGAAGCGCGUCAUCGAGCUGGGAGCAGGCACAGGUGUGGUCGGUAUCCUGGCUGCACGGCUCGGUGCAGUCGUGACGCUCACAGACCUUCCUUUGACUCUCCCACAACUUAAGUCCAACGUCUCUGCUAACAUGCCAUCCAGUGGUUGGCCUACCAACCUUCCCACCGUCCUCCCUCUGUCCUGGGGCGAGGACCACAUGAACUUCCCUUCUGACUGGGAUCUGGUGCUCUGUGCAGAUAUUAUUUACCUCCCAGGGACUUACCCACUGCUGGUGGAGACACUAGCUCAUUUGUGCAAGAGCAGAGCCGUGGUAUAUCUCUCGUCCAAAAUGCGGGAAGAGCAUGAGACUCCAGGUUUCUAUGAGGAAAGUCUGCCCAGCAGAUUUAAUGUGGAGCUUGUGCACCGUGAUGAUGAUCAAAAUAUUAAUAUCUACAGGGCCUCUCUUCGGAAAGACCUGUGACGGCAGGAACAGCCUGCUGCAGGGCUUGGAUAAGUUACUGAACAGAGACCAGUUAUGACGUUCUCUUGUUUACCUUUUAAUUAUUAAUUUUUUAAAUCAGUGAAGCUCUGUUAUUCUUUCAUAAAUCCCUUACCUUUUUGUUAUUUGUUACUUGCAUUAAAGUACUUUUUGUAAGACACAUUAAAUAAAAUGAAGGACCAG